AUGCGGAACUUUUUUUAUCGAGGACGCCAUGUAGUUGAGCCUCCGUGUACUUUACAACUCUCCUUUACUUCUUCAAUUUGUAUCAUAGCAUAUCUUCCAUCAAAGUCGCCCAGAAUGUUUGCCCUCCGUCGCAGCGCGCUGCGCAUCCUUACUUCCUCACCUGCGUCUUUCGCCAACAAGCCCCGGACCUUCACUUCAUUAUCUUGCCACACCCUCCGCCAGACCAAGCCUGCUUCACAGUUUUUGUUCUACCAGCGAAGAUGGGCCACAACCGAAGCCGAGGAGCAGAAGGACGCAGAGGAGGCUCCCAUCUCGAAAUUGCAGCCAACUUCAGCUGAGGAGGUCGAGAACGCCAUUGAAUCGGACAAUGCGCAAGCUGCAGCUACCGAGGCUUCCAACAGCUCCGGUAACUUCGCAGGUGCGCCCGCCGGCGGUGAUGCCCCUGGGCUGUUCAGCAUGUCUGGGCAAAGUAGCCGUUUGGAUUCCGACCGCAGCGAGCGCUUAUCCGUGCCCAAACCUACCGUCUACGUUGGAAACCUUUUCUUCGACGUUACCGAGGACGACGUUUCUCGCGAGCUGGGUCGCUUCGGUCAGAUCAAGCACGUGCGCCUGCUGCGCGAUUCGCGCGGGCUGAGCAAAGGGCAAGGCUCUCCCUUCCAAAAUUUACCGAAAUCCAUAACUGACAUCUUCUCAGCCGCUACGGCCGCCAUCGAAGCUCUGCACCAGCAGAUCUACGAAGGUCGCCGCCUCGUCGUACAGUACGCUGCGUACACCACCGAAGAGAUGAACAAGCGCCGUCAACAGCGGCAGCCCGAUACAGGAAGCCAGGAGCCCAAGAACCCUCCAUCCAAGACGUUGUUCAUCGGAAACAUGUCGUUCGAGAUGACGGAUCGUGACCUCAACAACCUGUUCCGCGGUAUUCGCAACGUGGUCGACGUACGUGUCGCCAUCGAUCGCCGCACCGGCCAGCCCCGUGGCUUUGCCCACGCCGACUUCAUCGACAUCAAGAGUGCCAUGGAGGCCAUGAAGGUGCUCAAGGAGAAGGAAACCUACGGCCGCAGGCUGCGCGUUGACUACAGCUUUGGCAACACUGUGGCGCCGAAGAACCAAUCGCCCCCUCCCAGCCAGCAGUAG